UAGAAAAUAUAAAACAGAAGACACAGUUCAAACCGAGAGAGGAGGAACAAAGAGAAACAUGACAUUUGACUGGAAGAAUCUUUACUGUGUUUUGUUGGCGGCUCUGAUGGGUGCACCAUGUUCUCAGGCCUGGGUGCAGAUUACCUGGGCAGGUGUAGUGACAGCUGGUUUCAGUACCACUUUCACCUGUUCCUCUUCAUGCCUCUCAAACUGCGCCUUUACCUGGUCUUUAAAGGGCCGGGACAUCACGGGAAACACAUUAACCUGGAGCCCAGAUGGACUGGAGAAUAGCGUGGACAUACAGUGUGCUGUGUUUAAUCCAGAAACAGGAGUCUCCACCAGAACAACCACUAUUGUAGAAAUAAGGAAUCCACUGUCGGUGCAAAUCAGUCCACCCAACAAUGUCCCGUCUCUCAACAAGUCUUUGGAUCUCGUCUGCCAUGACGCAACAUCAAGGGACCCUUCAGGCCCCUCACAUUGGAUGGACCAGGUGGUUUUCUGGUACAAAGAUGGACAGAAAGUGACCCUGCGGGAUUAUAUGCAGCAGCUGCAAAACAACUUCACUCUUCACUUUGACUACUUGCUGCCCUCCGAUUCUGGAUUCUACCACUGUGAGAUUUCUGGACAAAAGGCAAGAGUUUUCAGCAGCGGCUAUCAACUCAGCUGUGAGUACACAUGA